AUGACUACAACUAUUACUGCUGCUGGUGCUAUAAGUCACAGUCUGCCCAGCGAAUCCAGAAGUCAUGUCACACUAUCACUGGGGUCACAAAACAGUCCAUGGAAAUCCCAGCAGCUUCUAAAACGACUAUUUCUCAAGGCCACAGGGAAGAGUAACUGGGUUUUCAAGGGUGAUUUUUCCUCUCAAGAUCCAGAAGUCACGUCACACUGUCACUGGGGUCACAAAACAGUCCAUGAGAAAUCCCUGCAGCUUCUUAAACGACCAUUUCUCAAGGCCACAGGGAAGAAGAGUGUGUGCAGGAGGAGUAAGGUCGGCCACUCACCUCCUCUUUCUUCCGUCUUCUCUGGCCGUCAGGAGCGGGAACGUCGGAGGUACCAUGGUGUCCUGGUGCGCGCUAUCGAGGGGAGGAAGAGACAUGAGGAGAGGGAGAGGCGGAGAGAGGAGAUGAAGGAAGAGAAGCGAGCGACACGAGAGAGGAAACGGGAGGAGAGGCUACAGGCGAGAGAACUGAACCAGCUGAUGAAGGAGGUGAAGGAGGACAUGGAGCUGACGGACCACACGCCGCUGCCCGACGCCCCCCGCCUGCAGGGCCUCAGACUUCCCCCCGAGGCCUUUGGGAACAUCCUCAUGGUCUUCGAGUUCCUGCACAACUUUGGGGAGACACUCGGCUUCGACAUGGAGUCGCUGCCGUCGAUCCAGAGCCUGCAGAUGGCGCUACUUAACGACACCGAGAGCGAGGAGGAGCUACUGAGCGUCCUAUCACACCUCUUAGUCUGCGCUAUUGAGGACCCAGGCAUUCCCUCCUCGCAGCGUCACACCACCAUCCUCGGGCAGACCCUCAACCGCGCCGACAUCACCCACGCUAAUAUAUCCGAAAUCCUACGAGUCUACCUCAACGCGAACGCCAUGGGGGAGGUCCGCGUCAUCCACGGCCUCAUGGGAACGGAGAAAGAGCGACGCGAGAACCCGAAGAAGGGACAGGAGUGGGACGCGAGACUGGCGGAAAUGGACGCGUAUAAGAUGGGUCAGUGGUUGGUGGUGAUGCCGUUCCUGGCGCUCAACCCGACGCAGAAGAGCGAGAUCGUGGCGUACGUGUGCAAUGAGCUCCUGCAGAACAAGGCGGUGGUGCGGCAGAUUGAAGACUCGCUUGACCGCCACAACGGACUCAAGACGGAGAAGUGGAAGCUGGACGCGCGGAUCAGGAAACUAAGGAUGAGCGUGGCGCGUAAGAGGAUCUACAACGCUGCGAUGCGCUCCAUGAUGGAACACCGCGGUGGCGAGGACUCCAACAUGUCCAGCGUGUCCUCCUGUCACGGCGGCGACCACGACAAGACCGACGCCAAGAAGGACAAGGACGAGGACAAGCUGGAGGAGGACGAGGAGGACGAGGAGAACGAGAGCGGGAAUGACAGCGAGAACAACCUGGAGGAGAUCCCCGACGAGGAGGACGACAAGAGGCUGAACGCAGACGACGCCUCCAAGACACUGGACAUCCUGCAGCGCCAGAUGAACCAGGUGCGGCAAGACUUGUUUGAGACGGCCCAGCAGGUGCGUGGCUUCAACUGCGGCCAGGACAGGUACCAGAGGACCAUGUGGGUGCUGCCUCACGCCGGGGGCCCCUUCCUGGAGGGCCUCUCGUCCUGCGACUACACGGGGCGGGACCACUUCCCCCUCACCAUCCCCUCCUCCGCCUCCAAGGCCGGCCUCACGCAAGAGGAGCUGGAGGAGAGGCUGGCAGCGGCACGGGAGGAGAAGGAGCGGAAGGCCAAGGAGGAACAGGAGGCCAAGGUGGAGGUGAAGGAGGAGGCGGAGGUGAAGGAGGAGAAGGUGGAGGUGAAGACUGAAGUGGAGGUGAAGACGGAGAAGGAGGAGGAGGAGGGUAAGGAGGGCGAGGGCGUGGACGUGAAGCCUCCCGCCGCGCCCCUCCUGCAGGUGAAGAAGGAGGAGGAGCUGAAGGAGGAGGCGGAGGAGAGCGACGUCCCGGAGAUCCCCAAGCGCGGGGCGGGGCGGGGCGAGGACAGGGUGCGGGAUGACUCGCGUGCCCCGUCAGGCCAGAAUGGCAUCAUGGAGAACAGGGAGGCCAUGAGCAGCGCCAUCGCCGACCUCUACCCCCCCAUGCUGGGUUCCAACCUCAGCCCCUACCUGGUGAACGGCCUCAAGGAGACGCCCCCGCCGCCCCCCAACGCCGGGGAGGGCAUCGACCCCAACCUGCUGGCCCUGGGUCUGGGCCUGGUGCCCGGCCAGUACCUGCGGCCCGAGCAUGUGGCCCAGCGGGAGAAGCUGGCCUUCAGCCUGCUGCCACGCACCCCCUGUGAUGUGUCCACCAUGGAGGCCCUGCCCAGCGGUCACACCCCACACGGUACCCCGCGGGGCUCCCCCAGAGAGGCCUCCCCCUGCCCCAGGUACAAUGGUCCCCACAGCCCCAUGCCAGGCACCCCCCACGGCCCCAGCAGCACGCCCGGCCCCCCCGCCACCCCAGCAACCCCACUCAACACUCCACUAGCAGUCAGCACCCCCAAGCCCCCCGCCCCACCCCCUGCCACGCCAGGCACCAAUACCAUGGAGGUCAGCGCUGGCCAAGAGGUUAACGCCACCCCUAGCGUGACUGCCACCCCAGACCAAGCCUCAGCCACCCCAGGGAACACCACCGCUGAUGCCACCAACACCACGGACCUCACUGCCACCCCAGGAGGGCUGCCAGCCACCCCGGCCCCCGGCACAACCCCCUCAGACGCUGCGUUGGCCAACACCCCCGGCGGCGGCAUCCAGUCCCUGCCACACAAGGAGCUGCUGGAACGCCUGCACCAGACGGCUGAGGCGCUGCCCAUCCCCGACGAGUACAAGACGGGCUGGUGGCACCUCGGCGACAUGGACCAGCUGAAGGAGAUGAUCGGCGCGCUGAACGAGAGGGGCGUGCGCGAGAGGGAGCUCAAGAGGUUCAUCGAGAAGAACUUUUCCAUCGUGAAGAACGCUAUAUCGAAGAUUGACGCCGACGCCACCAACCUGGAGACCGACCCAGAGGAGGCCGCCAAGGUGGUGUACGAUGAGUUUGGGACGCCAGUGGCCGAUCAGCCGCAGCACUGGCUCCCGGACGUGGCGCUGAGGGUGGACUUUGCCAUCCUGGACUCUGUCUACGCCAUGGAGGAGAAGAUCACCAACGCCUCCAUGCAGAGUAAGAGUUGGCGGCUGAACGACAACGGGGAGCGCCAGGUGGGUGAGUUCCGCGCAUCAUGCCUGGAGCCGACGGAUGAGGGGGACAGCCGCCUCAACCCCAUACACAUCGGAAGGGACCGGCUGUUGGCGCUGGAAGAAGGAAUUGAGCGACGGUACCUCAAGCCGCCCCUCGGCGUACCAGUGAACCCCAAGAAUGACCAAGCCCCAGACACCAAGGAGGUACCCAAGGGCCUGCAGGUGUGGCGGGAGGCGGUGGGCAAGGCGGAGACGGCGGCCCAGCUGGCGAUGUGCACCUAUAUGCUGGAGACAGCCGUGGCGUGGGACAAGAGCAUCAUGAAGGCAUACUGUCAGUUCUGCCACAGCGGGGACCACGAGGAGAAGCUGCUGCUGUGUGACGGGUGUGACAAGGGCUACCACACACACUGCUUCAAGCCUCCCAUGAACAACAUUCCCGACGGAGACUGGUACUGCUACGAGUGCGUCAACAAGUUCAGCGACACGGCCCAGCGGCACUGCCUGGUGUGUGGAGGCACCGAGGGCCGCACGCUGGUCCACUGCUCCGUGUGUCCCCGCGCCUACCACACCACCUGCAUCACGCCAAACUUGAAUAAGGUGCCCCGGAACAAGUGGGUCUGCCCCGCCUGCACCAGUAAGAGUCCGCGGGGUCGCCGAGGUCGUGCCAAGAAGGUGAGUGAGAGCAACGCCUCCGCCCCGCCCCCUGACCCGCCCCCCGACGCCGUGGAUGAGCCCCAGGGAGCCGUGUCACCCGCCGUCUCCAAGAAGGACCGCGCCAAUAAGAAGAAGGAGCAGAAGGACCUCCAGGCGUGCAAGACCAUCGUUGGCGAGCUUGAGGUUCACGAAGAUGCCUGGCCGUUCCUCCUGCCCGUAAAUACCCGCCAGUUUCCCACCUACAAGAAGAUCAUCCGCCGCCCCAUGGACCUCUCCGUCAUCAAGAAGAAGCUGGAGGAUAAUCAGUACAAGUCGCGGGAGGAGUUCUGCGAGGACCUCCGACUCAUGUUCAACAACUGUGAGACCUUCAAUGAGGACGACUCCCCCGUGGGCAAAGCCGGGCACAAUCUGCGAUCCUUCUUCGAGACGCGGUGGAACGAGAGCUUCCCCCCUACCUAGACUGCCCCCCACCCCCCCACUCAGAACUUCCCCCGACUUAGGCUGCCCCCCACCCCCCACCCAGAACUUCCCCCAACUUAGGCUGCCCCCCUCAUCCCCCCACCCAGAACUUCCCCCCGACUUAGGCUGCCCCCUCACCCGCCAAAUGCCCCCUACCCCCGACCCCUCACCCAUCACCUGGUUCUUUCACCCUAUACCCAUUCUAAGUGCCCCCACCAUAGCCCAGUUUUUUUGAGAAGGGUUAGAAUGAGAAUUUUCACCUCCCUUCACCUUCUCCUUUCCCUCCUCCUCUUCCUUCUCCUCUUCCUUCUUCCUCUGUCCAUUACCUGUUCUGUCCAGCCGUCCCUCCUCCUCCUCCUCCUCCUUCCUCCAUUUCUUACCUGUUCUUUCCAAUCCUACCUCCUCCUCCUCCUCCUCCUCCUUCCUCCUCCUUCCUCCAUUCCUUCCUUGUUCUUUCCACUCCUCCUCCUCCUCCUCCUCCUUCCCUUUCUCCUCCGCCUUCCCCCAUUCCUUCCCUGUUCUCUCCACCUCUACCUCCUCCUCCUCCUCCUUCUCCUUCCUCCAUUUCUUUCCUGUUCUUUCCACUCCUGCCUCCUCCUCCUCCUCCUCCUCUUUCCUCUCCUCCUUCCUCCAUUCCUUCCCUGUUCUGUCCACCCCUACCUCCUCCUUCUCUUUCUCCUCCUCCUUCCUCCAUUCCUUCCCUGUUCUCUCCACCCCUACCUCCUCCUCCUCCUCCUCUUCCUCUCCUUCCCCACCUCCUCCCGUUCCUUCCCUGUCCUAUCCACCCCUACCUCCUCCUCCAUCUCCUCCUUCUCCUCCUCCCCCUUCCCCCCUCUAUGUCCUCCUCCUCCUCUUCCUCACCCCUCCCUUCCCUCCCACCCCAAGAAGUAGUGAACCAGUUCUAAUGGCGGCAAAAUAUCUCAGUUCGUAAAUUCAUCCGUGAUUUUUAUGGGUGACUUUCGUAAACAAGGCAUUAGGGAGUGUGUGUGUGAGGGAGGGCUGACUGACCAACACAUACACACACACACACACACACACACACACACACACGCAGACACACAUGUACGUAACUUUCCCAAUGUGUGUGUGUAUAUGUGUGUGUUUGUGUAUGUGUGCAUGUGUGUGUGUUUGGUUGGCUCUCCCCUUCCACCCCACUCCCCUUCCUCCCCAACCACCGCCGACGCAAGAUAUGUGAAGAGACACUGACCCUUCUGUGUUUGUGCGUGUGUUGGGGUGAGAAAUAUUUUAGUCUUCGUCGAAAACGUAAACAAAAGACGGAAAAUGGAAAGAACGGAAACGGGAUGAAUGAACGGAAGUCGGAAAUGGAAGAAGCGAAUGAGAGAAUUGGGAAACAGUGGAACAGAAGAAAUUAAAUUGAGAGAUAGUAAAAUGUAAACAAAAACAAACGACAGAAAAUGGGAAAAACAGAAACGUAAUGAAUGAACGGAAGUCGGACACGGAACAAGCGAAAGAGAGAAUUGGGAAACAGUGGAACGGAAGAAAUGAAAUAGAAAGAGAGAUAGGAAAAUAUGAUGAAGGGAAACAAGAAGAAAGAAAGUAUGUAUAUAUUGAAGAAAGAAGUAUAAGAAAAAAGAAGAAAAAGGGAAGUAUUUAUUGAAGAAGUCUUGUAUGAAAGGACGCUCAGGAAGAAGAAAGAGAUAGAAGAGAGAAUUAGAAAACUGUGAUGUAAAGGGAAGAGGAAAAUGAAGUGUAUUUGAGUCUACUGAUGGAAUAGAAGAAACUGAGAUGAAAGAAAUAAUGAGGAAAUAGAAGAAAAUGAAGUGAUGAAAGAAAUGAGGAAAGAAUUGAAGUGAUAAAAAUUAAUAAUAGAGUGAAUGAGAGAGAGAGAGAGCAAAAAAAACAGAAAAUAAGAGGAAAAUAAGGAAUAAAAAAUGAAAGUGAAGGAAAUAAGAAAAAGAAUGGAGAGGAGGAAAAAAAAGAAAAUAAAGGAUAAGAAAUGAGAUAAAGAAAUGGAAGAGAGGGACAAAGUGUGAGAGAGAGAGAGAGAGAGAGAGAGAGAGAGAGAGAAACACACAUUCCCAAAACGGACUAAGGGGAACAGACCUACUUUCUCUCUCUCUCUCUCUCUCUCUCUCUCUUUUACUUAAUAUACGAUGAAAGAAAAAAAAGGAAAAAAUCAUCACCGUUGUCUCAUCUGAAAAUUGACGACGAUGGUGCAGGAAAAGAAAAGAAAAGAAGAGAAAAAAAUAAACUGUACGCAAGACUCAUGGUGCCACACACACACACACACACACACACACACACACACACACACACACACACACACACACACACACACCGAGACCGUUCAGAAAAGUUUGUGCGACGUGAGGGAGAAAAAAAAUUACGAGUGAGCGACUUCACGAGGAGGAAGAAAGUAAUAUUAGCGGAAAAAGUGCGUACGUGCGUUUGUGUGUGUGUGUGUGUGUGUGUGAAAAAAUAGGACCUGUGAUUGUUAUGUACUGUACAGGAACACACACAGUUGUAAUAUACCUCUUCCUCCUCCUCUUCUUCCUCCUCCUCCUCCUCCUUCUCUUCAACCACUCCAUUCCACAUCCUAAAGAAUUGUGGCAUUGUAUUUUCCUCUCUCCUCCUCCUCCUCCUCCUCCUCCUUCUCCUCCUCUUCCACAGUUGAUAUUAGUGAAAAAAUAAAAAUGCAAGUUGUGUCGAUAAAAUGUUAUGUAAAAAUAGGCCUAAGAAGUUUGACCGCAGUUGAAAGAACGGCAGAUAUUUGACGAGUAUUUAUGUGUGUGUUUGCGUGUUUGUAUCAGAGAGAGAGAGAGAGAGAGAGAGAGAGAGAGAGAGAGAGAGAGAGAGAGAGAGAGAGAGAGAGAGAGAGGGCAGCAUUACUAUUUCUAAAGCAAACAUUCAUGACUUUUCACACGCACACACACACACUCUCACAAAAUGGUGUCACAAUAUAUAUAUACUAGCAAAAUAAAGAAGAAGAAAGAGGAGGAGAAGGAAGGAAAAAACAAGUAAAUAUGUAUCAUAGUAGAAUAGAAUGGGAGGGGAAGGAAGGAAGGAAGGGAGAGAAAGAAAGAAGAUAAACAAAGGGUUGAAAAACUGCAUUAUCCUCCCAUCUCCCUUUGAAGUGGUGUAAAAUUCUUUAAUCCCUUCCCUCCAUCUCUCCCUCUCUCUCUCCCUUCCUCAGCCUCUGUCAGGGAUCAUUAGGGAGAAAAAUGGUGUGUGUGUACGUGUGUGUGUGUGUGUGUACAUAGUGACAUAGCGAGGGUAGAAAGUCACAUUAAACUAUUUAUUUACAUGUAGGGUAGAGGCGAGAGAGAGAGAGAGAGAGAGAGAGAGAGAGAGAGAGAGAGAGAGAGAAUCACCUCAUCUAUUAUUGCAGCUCUUUCAUAACUUUCUCUCUCUCUCUCUCUCCCUCUCCCUCUCUCUCGGACCUGUCUAGAAAGAAUACUCACUUAAGGAAAAAUAGACAGACCGGGUUGUGCGAGUGGGAUGGUGAUGAUGGUGGUGAUAAUGGUGAUGAUAUGUGUGUAUGGAGUCACUGUAUAUUGUGUGGUGAUAGAGGAAGAGGAGGAGGAGGAGGAGGAGGAAUGCAAGUUAUGUGUGUGUUAGAUAAAUGAGGUCACUGUAUAUUGUAUGGUAUUAGAGGAAGAAGAAGAAGAAGAAGAAGAAGGAAUGCAAGUUAUGUGUGUUAGAUGAAUGAGGUCACUGUAUAUUGUAUGGUAUUAGAGGAAGAAGAGGAAGAGGAAGAGAAGAAGGAAUGCAAGUUAUGUGUGUUAGAUGAAUGAAGUUGCUGUAUAUUUUGUAGCAUUAAGAAAAAGAGAAGAGGAGAAAGAGGAGGAGGUAUGCAAGUUAUAUGUAUGUGUGUGUGUACGUGUGUGUGAAAUCAGGUUCCGUUAGCUUAAGAGAAUGGUACGGAAGUCUUUCUCUAUAUGUAACUCUCCCUCUCCCUCUCCCUCUCUCGUGUCUCGGGUGUCAUUCUUAACAUUGUCAUUAUUUUCUUAACUCGUGCGCUUGUGUCUGAGCGAUGAUGCACAAAGUAGGAGCAAUUCUCGCGUCUAAUUUAUUGGCUGUGUGCCCUCGAUACCCCUUACCCCCUCCCCCUUUAACCCCCGACCCUGAACCUUAUUUAUUACCCAUCAGCGUUAGCUCCGAGAUCGUCACAACUUUUUUUUUCGUAUUUCGCCUACCAUUUAUUUAUUUUUAUUUUUUUUUCCAUAUCGAGAAACACAAAUGGUUGACAGUGCAAAGGAGAUAGAUGCUGGAUGGUUAGACAGUAAGAUGGUUAUGUAUGGAUUUUUUUUUCUCUUAUUUAUGGCAUUUUUUUUAUAUACACACAAUGGGCGAAAUGCAAUUGUUCUCUUUAAUUCGACUAGUUAGUUUUCUUGGGGUCAAAGUUGCCAAGUACCGCCAUAUUCUCAUCUUUUUCGUCUCGGGUGUCGUGGGCGUAACGGCGGACCAUCACGUUCUUCCCUAGUUUUGUAUCUCGUGUAACGGAAAGAAAUCGAUUGUCGCCGAUACGACCACACAAGAGAAGGGAAAGUUUGGGAAUAUGGCAGUACAUGGCAACACUGUCCCGAGGAAAAGCCGAGUCUUAUUAAAUGCAGAGUUACGAGUUACCUUCGUACGUCAGGUCGUGAGUGUCAUCUGUGCGUUCUGCCGACACAAAGUUUUGACUCGGCAGAUAUCGAGAAAUCACGUUUUUUUAUAUAUAUUUUCGUCUCCGCAGUCUAAGUUAUUAUCCUCUUUUCACUCACAGGGCACAGAACGAGUAUCAAAAAAACACACACAAUGAUGCAGUAAUCGUAAUGGAUACAUAAUACUACAUAAAUAAUUAUACAUACCUAGCGUUGAUAAUCUUAUUAAUAGUUAAGUGAAAACAUGUUCAUUCAUUCAUUGUUCAUCGGAGGGAGAAACGGCGAGUCACAGACGGAGGCAAAGGUUCAUUCGUUUGUUUCCCGCACACACCGCUACAUUACUACCCCUGCGUUACGACUCCACUCUUCCCUCUUCCCCCACGUGACGGAGGAGAGAACGCGGGUCGCCUCCUGGGCCGCCCGCCUGUAUGUAUGUGUCAUUAUUUCAUUUAUUGUAUACAAGAAGAAGUUUCAAUCUUUGUACAGCGUCUAGUUCUUAAUAAAGUACGUCCAACAGGAGG